GUGAAAAACAGUUGAGAAAUUCAUUUUAGACACCAUAACCGUUAAUCAACCAGAGUAAGUCGUAUCCAUUUUGGCGCAUCAUAUUAGUCUCUCUCUCUCUCUCUCUCUCUCUCUCUCUCACUGAAAUUCUCGGCACACCAAUGUCCAAAUCUAAACUACACAAAGACAGGUUAUUAUUCAAAACGUUGAAAGAGAAGUCUUUCCAAUACCAACGUGAUGUCAUUUGAAUCUUUAACACCUUUCGAUGUGAAAUAGUAUCAUAAAUAUAAGACUUCAUUUUUGGAUUCAAAAAUACAAUUUCUACUUCAAUGACAACCCUCAAGAUCACCAAGAAGCACCAUAAACACUUCAAUAAUCCUUUCCCUUCAAACCCAGCAUCCCUCCCUUUGAUCCAUGGAACUCUCUUCUUCAAUUCCCAAACUCUGCCAUCUCAUCAAAUCUAUUCAAUUGGGAAGGAUUUUCAGCUCGCUUGGAGCUCCAACUUUGGUGGGUCAAUCUCAAUUUAUCAUCUUUCUCAGCCCACGAGACCUAUAUGGUCUACCAUCCCAGGGCAAGCCUUUGUGUCAGCAGCAUUGGCCGAAACAGAGGUGGAAGAAAGCAGGGGAUCUUUUGUUGUGAAAGAUGGAGAUGUUCAUUUGGUCUGUAACCAUCAGACCAUUCAGGAUAUAAAGGUGAUCAAUCAACUUGAUGAGUUUUUAGAGGCUGAAAAUCAUAAUUCUCCAUCUGGGUAUUACUUCCGAAAGGAUCAUAGAGACGAUUUAAAAAGUACCCAAUUUCCUACUGUGCUAAUUACAGGUUGGAUUUUUUUCAGUAGCAAGAAGAAAAAGAAGAGGUCCCAAAAAUCUGGGUUUCAUGAAAACGAAAUACCAUUCGAGCCAAAUGGACUUUCUGCUUCUGCUUCAGCAAGGUAUUGGAUUCUGUUUGAUCAGAAAAGCAGCGAUCAGAUUGGAUUUCAAGUAAAGCUUGGACGUCCUGACUUCGAAUUGCGCCCAAAAGCUCCUCCAAUUACUCCGGGACGCUACAGGGGUUUCCGGCGAAGAAUACGCCGUUUUCGCAAACGGAAGCUUGGUUGGUGUUGGUUCUUUGCGAGGAGAAAAGGGCUCGUCAUCAUUUCCUCUUCGUCGGAGGAAGAAACAGAGGUACUCAAGGCUCGAGAAUCCAAAGAAUUCAAUAGGGUGUGCAUUACCUAUUCAAGUGAAGCAAAUGAAAGAUUUUACGGGUUUGGAGAGCAGUUUUCUCAUAUGGAUUUCAAAGGCAAAAGGGUGCCAAUUUUUGUUCAAGAACAAGGCAUCGGGAGAGGAGAUCAACCGAUUACUUUUGCAGCUAACUUGAUAAGCUAUAGGGCUGGUGGCGAUUGGGCAACAACUUAUGCUCCUUCCCCAUUCUAUAUGACGUCGAAGAUGAGGUCUCUUUACCUUGAAGGAUAUGAUUACUCCAUAUUUGAUCUAACCAGGGAUGAUAAAGUUCAGAUACAGAUACAUGGAAAUUCAGUUCAAGGACGAAUAUUGCAUGGCAACUCACCUUCUGAGAUCAUUGAAUGCUUCACCGAAUCUAUUGGAAGACCUCCUCAGCUUCCUGAAUGGAUAAUAUCCGGUGCCAUUGUUGGAAUGCAGGGUGGCACAGAAACUGUACGCCAUAUUUGGAAUGAGCUCGGUUCAUAUAAUGUCCCCAUAUCAGCAUUCUGGUUGCAGGAUUGGGUAGGGCAGAGGAAGACAAUGAUUGGAUCACAACUAUGGUGGAAUUGGGAAGUGGAUACAAUCACGUAUUCAGGAUGGCAACAACUACUCAAAGAUCUUAGCUCUCAGCAUAUUAAAGUGAUGACAUACUGCAAUCCUUGUUUAGCACCGACUGAUGAGAAGCAAAACAGGAGGAGAAACCUCUUUGAGGAAGCAAAAAAUUUGGGCAUAUUAGUGAAAGACAAGUAUGGAGGACCCUAUAUGGUUCCUAAUACAGCUUUUGAUGUGGGAAUGCUGGAUUUGACACAUCCAGGUGCUACAAGUUGGUUCAAACAGGUUUUACAAGAAAUGGUGGAUGAUGGUGUCAGAGGAUGGAUGGCUGAUUUUGGUGAAAGCUUGCCUGUUGAUGCCAUCCUCUAUUCAGGUGAAGAUCCUAUUUCAGCCCAUAACAGAUAUCCAGAACUCUGGGCACAAAUAAACAGAGAGUUUGUAGAGGAAUGGAAAAGUAAGCGCGUGGGUAAGAAUAAAGAAGACCCAGAAGAGGCCCUGGUCUUUUUCAUGAGGGCCGGUUUCAGAGAUAGUCCCAAAUGGGGGAUGCUAUUCUGGGAAGGAGACCAGAUGGUAAGCUGGCAGGCCAAUGAUGGUAUAAAGAGUGCUGUUAUUGGUCUACUCAGCAGUGGACUUUCUGGUUAUGCUUUUAACCAUAGUGAUACUGGAGGAUAUUGUACAGUAAACUUGCCUUUCAUCAAAUAUCAAAGAAGUGAAGAGCUGCUCUUGCGAUGGAUGGAGCUAAACGCUUUCACCACUGUUUUCCGGACACACGAAGGAAACAAACCAACCUGCAACAGCCAAUUCUACUCAAAUGACCGAACUUUGUCACAUUUUGCACGCUUUGCUAAAGUCUACAAAGCAUGGAAAUUCUACAGAAUCCAACUUGUAAAGGAAGCUUCUCAAAGGGGCUUACCCGUUUGCCGCCACCUCUUUCUGCACUACCCGGAUGAUGAACAUGUGCAUAGCUUGAGUUACCAACAAUUCUUGAUUGGUACAGAGAUAUUAGUAGUGCCAGUCCUCGACAAAGGCAAGAAUGAUGUUAAGGCCUAUUUCCCAGUUGGGGAUAAGUGUGCGUGGCAGCAUAUAUGGACCGGAGAACAAUUUAGGAAACAGGGUUAUGGAGCUAGAGUAGAAGCUCCGAUUGGUUAUCCUGCUGUAUUUGUUAAAGCUGGCUCCACUGUUGGAGAAACCUUUCUAGAAAACUUGAGAGAUCUAAACAUUCUUUAAGAAAAAGCAGCAACUCCAAGAGGACGGUUGAAAAAUCAACUUGAUUUCUUCUUCCUGUUGAAAAAAUUCAUUUUUCUUUCAAAAUCUUACGGCUAGUCAUUCUGCAUUCUAAUUACAUAUAAUUUCAUGUUGCCAUAUAUAUAGCAUGUUUCCUUGUCAUAA